AUGAUAUUGGACUUUUUCGCUGAUUGGUGUGGUCCGUGUAAAAGAGUUGCACCAGAACUAGAUAAAAUAUGUGAAGAAUGGCAAGAUGUUCUGUUCGUAAAAUUGAACGUUGACGAGUUAGAGUCUGCGGCUGAGACUUAUGCGAUAGCUGCAAUGCCCACAUUCAUUGCAUUCAAGGGUGGAGAGAAAAUCGAUGAAGUGGUUGGUGCCAAUUUGGAUAAACUAAGGGAAAUGAUUGAGAAGUAUAAAUAG